AUGUAUCUCAUCAAUUUCUUUCCAUCUCCACUUAUCAUCUCAGUCGUCGUCAUCAUCUUCCUCCUCUCUCUUAACUUCCCAGAAACUGCAUGCGCAGAAGAUUUCUCCUAUUCAAACUGCAAAUCCUUAUUUGAGUGCGGCAGAUUGCGAGAUAUCGGGUACCCUUUCUGGGGAAAUGGCCGACCUUAUUACUGUGGGCAUCCCAAGUUCGAACUCCGUUGCGAGAGAGGUGAGCCCACCAUAGAGAUCAAGUCCCAGAAAUAUCAUGUCCUCGACAUCCAUCAUGAGACUCAAAUCCUAAAGAUUGCCAGACUCCUUGACUUGUUCGAUGGGAAUAUUGUUUGCCCUGAAUCCAAUGCAACAAUGGAUUCCGAUUUCUUCAGAUAUACUUCCAACGAUCAAAAUGCCACUUUGUUCUACGAAUGUGAACUUGAGUCUGAACCUCCUCAAACUUGUGAUCUUUUGUGUGUGAAAUAUGGAAAGCAGGAGCAUGCUUCUUUUGUCACAGAUACAAAUCUGGCUAAUCAACUUGCAAGCAGAUGUGAGUUUAGUGUAGUUGUUCCAGUUCUUGCGACUGCUGCUGCUCAAGGCCUUGCGGAUCAUUCUUUACAUACAAACGAUGUUUUGGGUCAAGGGUUUGAGGUUGAGUGGAUUAUAGACGAAACACAAUGCAUAGCAUGUGUUGAGUCUGGUGGUAUUUGUAGAUAUAACUCGACUUUACAGAAGCAUUUUUGUCUUUGUGGUGAGUUCCGUGGCCAAGCUUACCCUACCAGUUGUCCAAAUCCACCGGAGCUUCCACCUGCUUCAAAUUUUGCUGAAUCAACAUCUUCCUCACCAAACCACUUCCAUCACCCUCUCCAGAUGCAUCUCAUCUUCUCAGUUUUCAUCUUCUUCCUCUCCCAUCGCUUCCCAAAAUCCGUGUCCACCGACGAUGUUCAAUUCUCAAACUGCAACCCUUCGUUCCAAUGCGGUGGACUGGGCAAAAUCGAGUACCCUUUUCUGGCUAGAUGGCCACCAGCCCCGUCACGGUGGGCGUCCGGGGAUCAGCCUGCAUUGCCGGAAUGGCGAGGCCACCAUUGGGAUCAGUACCGCGUCAUCGACAUCGAUUACAACGCCCAAGUCCUAAAGAUUGGUACAAUCAAUAAUGGGUCGAAAGGGGCUUGUCCUCAUCCCAACGCAACCAUUGACCCAUCUCUCAUGAGCUACACUUCAAAGGUUGAGAACGCCACCUUCUUAUUCGAUUGUUGGCAGUAUGAAGAUCAUCCCGGAUCUUACGGGUUCACUUGUGAGAUGGAUGAUCUUCAACUCCCAUCCUACUUUGUUGUAAACACAUCUCUGGCAAAUGAGCUUGGAAGCAAAUGUGGGGAGAGAGUUGUCAUCCCUGUUUUGGGAACUGCUGCUCAAACCCUUCUGAAUCAUUCAUUAGGUGUGGAUGGACUUUUAAGAGAAGGGUUUGAGGUUGAAUGGGAAGUAGAGGAGGAAGAAGAAUGCGGAGAAUGCGUUGAAUCUGGAGGUGGAUGUGGAUAG